UUAAAUAUAGUAUAUUACAUAAUCAAUUUCAGUUAACCUGUAAAUAGUCAAACAAAGCACAAAGUAAAGUAGUUGGUGUUAUUAUACCAGAUCAAAAUGGUCAAUAAGGAAGCGUCGGACUUUACUCAAUUCGUUAAAUAUCUCAACAAUAGCUUCCCCGCUCCUUCCAGCAAUGCCGUCAACAUCUGGGUCUCAUCUGUCGCGCCAGAAGAAAGCACCGCUUCCCAUGUAACCUCACCUUCACAUUCUGAGUUCAUGACGCUCACCCGGACUGCUGAUAGCUCGUGGCGUGCUCUAACGGUAAGCGAUUCAGCUGUCAAAGAGAGUAGUAAGCUGGGAGGUAACCACACUUCAGGGGAGCGCACGAUGGCUGGAUCUACCACCGUUGUCCUUCACUACCCUAGCAUUACGGUUGGACGCAUGAUGGUUUCAACCGAAGACAGGUGGCGUAUCCACGCUCAGAUGCGCCGAGAGGAGGCAAAGAGCGGGCAGAUGCGAAAAGAGUAUAACAAAAAGGUUACACGUGCAAUAAAGACCACUAAGGGUCCUCAGCCUGAGGGGUUUCCUCCAGGUCGUGGACGCCCCGUUUAAGGAUAAAAGAGGCCACCGGUGAAUUUUUUCUCGACUCUGAGCACUGUAAUUACAGGAAUACUUUCUAGUAAAAAUAGCAAAUAGGGCUAGUGCGAUUUUAUCGUUCCACUUUCGAUACUCAAUUUUUGGGCAGACUCAAGGUGCGUCUUCAAUGCCGGAGUCUAAGGUAUCAUGAUUUGGUAUGAACGAAAGGGA